AUCGAUCUGAAGUGCACCACAAAAAUGCUAUCAAAGAUUAUUGCUGCUUCUGCCCUCUUGGCUUUCGUCAAUGCUGGUUUCGCUCCUGUUUACCCUGCAACAUCCUAUGGUUCCUAUGGAGUAGGAAGCUAUGGAGUGCCUUUUGUAGGACAUGGAUACGGAGAAGAUUAUCACGCCUACCCCAAAUACGAAUUUAAUUAUGGUGUGGCAGAUCCACAUACUGGAGACCACAAAUCCCAACAUGAGAUUCGUGAUGGUGACCUAGUCAAAGGAUCUUACUCUCUUGUUGAACCCGAUGGUACUUUGAGAACUGUUCACUACACUGCUGAUGACCACAAUGGUUUCAACGCUGUUGUAGAAAAGAGUGGACAUGCUGUUCAUCCCAGUCCUUUAGUCCAUGCUGCUCCUUUGGUCGUUCCUGGUCCUUAUGCAUCCUACGGUAUUCACGGAUAUUAGGAAGCAAUUGGUUUAAUUGAUGAUUGAAAUGUUACUGACGAAAAUUCUUUAGCUGUAUAUAUGUU